CCAGGAUCAGCUAGAGGCAGCAAUAAACAAGAACCAAAAUCUGCAGGGGGAAAAAAGCGCAAGAGGGGAGCUGCAGAUGUUGUAAUCGGAAACAUCGGUGUACAUUUUUACACAAAGCCCUUCUUCUGAGAAGAAAGCCUUUUAUUUUUUUUUAAUGAUGGUAUUUUAUCUACCUCUAUAAAAGGCUACCUAAAGCUAUGCUUUAAGAUUUGUGGUCCUUUCUACUGUGUGUGUGAUCCCGUUUACAACUUGAAUUCUACUGCAAAGGCAGGCCUUUGCUUCAAGCCAAGUGAUACCUUACGUUUGCACUACUGACGCUUGUCCACUCCAGUGUAUCUCAAACACCAAGAUCCAGCAAAGGGCUUCAAGUGAACAAAGAGGCCCAGAAAAUUAGCGACCAACAAAAGACGCCAACUAUUAAAAGCAAAACACAAGCAAAACUAUAGAAUAAAAUAAAGGCAGCUACAGCUUUUUUUUUCCUUCUUUUUUUUGGUGGACAUCAAAAGACUUAAAGCACCCGAGACACUUAACGCCUGACCCACUGACGGCAACACAAGCAGUCAUGUUUCAACGUCUGAGCAGUUUGUUCUUCGGGGAGGUGCAGGAGGCGGCCGCUGAGCUGAAGGGACCCAACCCCUGUGUGACGGAUGCUGACGAGGAGGGAUGGAUGCUGGUCAAUCUGCCCGCGGAAGCUGACUGCAUGAUGCAGGCUGGGGGUGGCGCUGAAGCUCCACAGAGAGCGCAAUCACUCUCAGACGGUAACCAAUCAAAUCAACAAGACACACUUACAAGGACUGGGUGCCCCGCCCCUGUUACCCGCCCACCUAACCAGCGCCGCAGGACGCACAAAGGACGGGCGCGAGAGUCUGUGACGUUAUCGGCCCCCCUGUCCUGCCCUAGCGCUAGCCCUUCAGUCUCGGGCGCCAUUACACCUGUGACGCUGCCGAGACAGGCGAGGUUGUCCACGCCCUCCACCCCGUCCAUGUCCCCCGGUUCUAGGAGUGAAUGUGGAGGCAGCGGGGGUAGCAGUAGGGCAGGCUCAGAAAGAGGCUGCAUGGAUGAGAGCUGGUUUGUCACCCCUCCCCCCUGUUUCACUGCAGAGGGAGCCACGGCGGAGGCCAGCCCCAUGGAGGACCUGCUCAUUGAACAUCCCAGCAUGUCUGUCUACGUCUCCUCGAACAACCUGUCCAUGGUGUCCAACGGCAACCUGUCUGUGGUGGGAGAAGAGAGCAUCAUUAGCCUGACAAGCAGCGUGAGCAGGGUAGCUGAGCCAGCUGCUGCGCCCGCCGCCCGCAGUGCUAUGCCCACCAGGGUGAGCCGUGGAACAGCUGCCCAGGCCGGAGCCCUGGCCAAGGUCACCCAAAUGGCUAGGGUCCAGCGUAGCAAAGCUCGCAUUGAGAGGCGCCAUCUGGGCCGUAACCGAAUCCAACGCCAAAACCGCACUAGGGAACAAGUUCCUCGCCAUGCAGCCCACACCAGAAACACCUUCCUCCACCAGCCCAGCCAGCGCAGUUUCUACCACUAAAACCUCCCUGCUUCCGUGGGGGCAUCGUUUGUUCGAGGGCAUUAAUCAUACACAGUCAAAACUAAGAAACGCACUCAAUUAAACAUAUUCGUCCGCCAAAAAAAUACACACCUUCAUGUAUGCUCAUCUCACCGUGUUGCGAAUUUACAGAUAGAUGUAGACGUCACUUUUGAAGGCUUCGGCAAAAACUGGUGCAACCCCGACUCUCUGCUGCCCCAUUCUGCCCACCCUUUCAUUAGAUUAGCCCUCUAAAAUUAUUAUGAGCACCCUUCUUGUACCCACCUUUCAGAAUCCCAACAAGACAAACAGAGAUGUAUACAACUUCCCUCCCCGUUCGGCUUCCCUUGACUAUUUUACAAGCAAUUUGAGAGAGUGAAACACACUGGCUCUUCCUCUGUCUGGAGGAGCAGACUUCUAUGGGGGGGGGGGGGUAGUGCGAAGGAGCAAAAUGUAAAGGUUCAGAAAGCUACACGGAAAACACCUCCUCGUGUCUCUGGGAGCUUUGCGUUAUGGGGGAUUACAGCUUUUGUUCGGGUAAGGCGGCGGCGUGUACGGCGUUUGAAGCGGGUGAGGAGGGUACUGCCUCUGUUCCCGUCAGCCAGGGACGACGCAGGGAAGAGAAGCCCACGAGGAGGCACGGGGCUAAAUUCAAAUUCCCCUCCGAUCACUUUGAGAAGGGUGAAUAAAAGCAAGUGGAGGACGAUGGCGAGAGGGUGGACAUGACAGACUAGAGAGUCAGAUUUAAAUAGCAAAGAUCUUGACCCCAUGAUUGUGUUGAAAGGAUGAGGGAGGACAGAAAGGACAUAGUGACGUGUAGUGUAGCCCUUCAAGCAGACCACGUUUCCCUCAUUCUGGUGAUCUAGUGUCUGCCAUCACUUGUGCUUUCGAGCUGCUAAAGAAAACACCCACAAAAUGAAGGGUUUUGCAUACAUACAACCUGUUUGUCCCAUUAUUGUUGUCUCAGUCUCGUAUGACAAGAGAUAGGAGCCUAAAAAGCUUUCAGCCUACCUAAUGUGACAUGACCAUAGAGCGAGGAUACUUGGAGAAACAGGAAACAGCAGUUAUUUGGCGUUAAUUGCGUGCAUAAUAUGAUGCCAGCAGGAAAAGUGACGAUUAAACCACACACAAGAUGUCUUUACAUCUCGGUAAAGAUGUCUCUUUUGGUCCCCAUUUUUGUCCCAACGCCCCAGUGCAGUGAUGGGGGACACUGCUGUAGGAGACGCCGUCCUUCGGAUGAGACGCUAAACCGAGGUCCUGACUCACCGUGGUCAUUAAAGAUCCCAUGGCACUUAUCGCAAAGAGUAGGGGGUUCCCCGGAGUUCUGGCAAAAUUCCCAGCCCGGCUCUCUCCCUCCGGCCCCCUAAUCAGCUCCCCCCCCCGUGUAAUUGGCUCAGUGACUCCUCCCCUCACCACCUCAAGCUAACGUGUGGGGAGCGUUCUGGUGCAAAAUGUCCGCCGGGCCGUGCAUCACCCAGGUGGGUGCUGCACAUUGGUGGUGGUUGAAGUGAGUUACCCCCUUCAAUGUGAAGCGCUUUGGGUGUCUAGAAAAGCGCUAUAUAAAUGUAACCCAUUACUAUUAUUGUUAUUAUUAUUUUAAGUGAGUGUAAGGUUUAGGAAAAUAAAGGUAUUCAGAAAAUAAAUGGUGAGGGUGACCAUGACCAUAGCUUUGAGUGUAGGGAUCCAUGGCUUGCCUCUGGGUUACGGGGUCCGGUGGGUUAUAUAGUAAGUGGAGGCCGGUAUAGAUGGCGACUCUUCGUCGUGUUCUGUUACAUCGGAUUUGUGUUCAUUUUUCUUUUCCUGCCAAAAUCUCAGAAAAGCCUGAUAUUCCAUCUGUUGCAUGCCCCCCCUGCCUAAUGCCCCUCUAGACAAGCCGGUUCCAAACAGACAUGGAGAAAGCGGUCACGUCACAGUCAACCAAGUUGCCCCCCCCCCCACACUCCCACCCUGCAAAGAAUACAAAGCACAACACCCACUGAAUCAGUUGAGAAUGAAGAAUUACGUACCCAGCGCACAUGAGCCGUAUUUCACCACGUAAUGUGCUGUGAACUUUUAUCAUCCACAUGGCCGCCAAAAGAAAUAGGGAAUGAUUGACAUCCGUCCGUCCGUCCUUCCAUCCAUCCAUCAUCCAUCCAUUAUCUGAACCGCUAGUCCUGCUCUCAGGGUUGCGGGGAUGCUGGAGCCUAUUCCAAUGAAAAGUCCCUCGCUGUCUUGAAAGCAACUAUGAGAAUAAAAUGGGAGCCCCCCUCCCCUCCCCUUUAUACACACUCAACACCAACAAGUCACAGUCACCACUACUGCCCACACACACAUGCACUCAAGUGUGGUCUUGAUCAUGGACGUCCUGCAAAUCUCUGCUCCCUUCCACUCAAUGUGUUUGGUGUGUGCUCACCCCCCCUCCUCUCUCUCUCUCUCUCUCUCUCUCCUCUCUCUCCCUCUCUUUUCUCAUGUGUCCACUAGCUUACUAAUAUGUAUUCAAGAUUAAUAGUAAACGAUGGUGCUCAAGUGUAUAUGAACAUAUACAAAUGUUUGUAAAUUAACUGAGACAUGGAUGUAAGAUUGCACUGUCCUACAUUUUGUGAGUCGAAGUUUUAGCUGUGUGCCGUGUGCUUGUGUAUUCUUUUUUUUUUUUUCGUGAUUUUUUUUUCUUUUCCUUUUUUUUGGAAUUAAGUGUCUGUGUGCGAGUGGGUGUGUAACGACACGUUAAACGCUGAAAACAUCAGGAUAAAAAAAAAAAAGAAAAAAGACGAAUAGUGGUAAUUUAGGUCUCGGUGUAAAUAUUACAGUACGACUUGUAACGCUCCGUUAGAUGUGAAAGCCAUUACGGAUUUGGUUCUGCAGCAUGGUUUCCAGCGGUACUGAUGAGGAUCCUCUCUCUGCCUCACCUCUCAGGUGAAAAUAAUUUCAAUGGCCAAAAAAAAAUACUGGUGUCCUCACCCGCCCCGUCUGGGCGCCGGGGAGGAUGUGCUGUUAACACCGCUGGCUCUGGCUCUGGCUCUGGCUCUGGCUCUGGCCUGGCUCUGGCUCUGGCUCUGGCUCUGGCUCUGGCUCUGGCUCUGGCUCUGGCUCUGGCCUGGCGUAGGGACAAGCUGACAGCUCGAGGAUCCUCUCAGUUUGUUAUGGGAAUGCCCCCUCAUCUUUAGUCCGGCUAGAAACUUACUGAAUGUUGAAUUCCUUCCUCAGUAUCGCAAACCAUUAUUUUUCCAGUGCAGCCAAAUGGCUAUGAUUUAUUUAGACUAUCUUUUAAAUUAUAAUAUGAUUAUAUGAUGAUAUUAUAUAUUUUUUUCUCUUUUUUUUUGCUGGUUUAAGGAUGACUUAUGUAACCUGUUGAACCUGUCGAAUACUCUGCAAGUUUGCAGCUGAUGGAUAAUGAAUGGCUCUGAGGUCACAAGUGUCGCACGUACACACACACAAACACACACACACACACACACACAUAUGCAUAAAGACCAAAAGAUACCCGGACACUAAAGGUUCGGAGAGUUUGCAAUGUUACUGCCCUAACCGACUCGAAGGUAAAUUUUUGGAUGUGCUAGGAAAUGUAAUUUAGAUGUGAGUGUGGGGGGGUGUGGGGGUGGGGGGGGAGUCAUUGGACAUCACAGAUAUGUACUAUGUGUGUGUACGCAUGUGCAAAUGCUUAACGUGUGGGACUGAUCACCUCAAGUGGCUUGGAUGCUGCGAGCCUAGUCUAUCUAGUCUGUUUUAUUUAUUUCACUCUCCUCUCUUUUACCCUCCCCAGCGGUGUAGCCUGCGAGGCAGUGUGCUCUCAGUGUGUAGUGUGAGAUUACCGAAGAGUGUGUUUCAGGGUGGCAGCCAUCGAAUAACGGCGAGAGGGUGUGAACGCCAGGCGUGUCAAACCAAUGUGAUGGGAGAGGUGUGGCCAGGGGAAAGGAUAAAGCAGAAGACAAAUUAUAUAUAUAUAUAUAUUAAAAAAUCAAUCAAUCAAUGUAUCAGUGACAAAAAGAGUACAAUACAAUAGAGUAUGCUUGUAUUUUCCCAUAUAGUUAUUAGAGCAGUUGUUUAUCUAGUUUGUUGAAAAUGAAAGAGGUCGAAUGUUUGGGGAGUUUUCUAUAUUUAUGUUGUGCCCUGAAAUGAUGGCAGCUUAAAAACACUUUACUACAUCUCAACGAGUGCACCCCUCUCCCAUUAAAAAAUAAUAAUAAAAAAUAAAAAAAUCCAACAAAAUAUAGAGAGAUAUAAAAUUCGGUGUAUCUGAUAUCUGUGGUGGUUGUGCCUUUCACUAUUACUGCAUGUUGUUUUGUGAUGUGCUGAGUCUCCGUCCCCAAAUGGACGGCUGUCCAUUGACAAGGCAAGACCUAUGCAAAAGCAACGGAUGGGUUUUUCCAGCAUCCAUUCUGAAAACACAGGUACCCGCCAAAAAAACAAAACAAAACAAAACAAACAAAAAAAAAACAA